AUGAGGACGCCGCCGCCCGGCAUCCGUAAUGAGCUGCGGUGGACCGCGGGUCACUCCGGAGAACUUAAAGUUUUGCUCGACCUCACGCUGUUCAGUUCAACGUCAAAGAACGAAGACGUGAACCAGAAGGAUCUAAAACCCAGUCGUCCCGGGGCCAUUUCAUCUCAAUCACAGAUCUUUAACGACUCUGUCCAUGGCCACAUCAAGAUGGAUUCUGUGCUGCUGGAAAUCAUCGACACUCCGGAGUUUCAGCGCCUGAGGAACAUCAAGCAGCUUGGUGGAGGUUAUUACGUCUUUCAAGGAGCUUCUCACAACCGCUUCGAGCACUCCAUCGGUGUGGCUCAUCUGGCCGGGCAGCUUGUACAAAGUCUGAUGGAAAACCAAGAGGACUUGGGUAUAACAUACAAAGAUAAACUCUGUAUCCAGAUUGCAGCGCUGUGUCACGACCUGGGUCACGGCCCUUUCUCACACUUGUUUGAGGAUUUUAUGAAGAGGACAUCAAAGGUAGUUUUAUUAAGCAAUCAUGAAAAACAAUCGAUCAUCAUGUUUGAUCACCUGAUUGCUAAAAAAAAGGAGAAGCUGCAGGAGAAGAUGAAAAGUAUUGGUAAUGGAAAGGAGUUUACACAAGAGGAUUUCCAGUUCAUCAAGGAUCUCAUUUCUGGCUCAAAACCGAAUCCUUGGCCGUAUAAAGAAAGAUCAGAAGAAAAAUUGUUCCUGUUUGACAUUUUGGCCAAUAAAACCACAGGGAUCGACGUGGAUAAAAUGGAUUAUUUCAGUAGGGAUUGCCUCCAUCUUGGGAUGAAAAACAACUUCUCCCAUGAGCGCUUUGUGAUGUUUGCACGAGUUUGCAAAAAUGAAAAAGGAAUUAAUCAGAUCUGCAUGAGAGACAAGGAAGCGCUCAACAUGUACGAAAUCUUUCACGUUCGCUACCUGCUUUACAAUAAUGCCUGCCAUCACAGGGUUACAGAGGCAAUUCAGACCAUGAUUGUUGAUGCACUGCUGGCAGCAGACAAUCACUUCGAGCUAGAAAAAAGUCUUAAGAUCUCUGAGGCUGUAAAGGACCCUGAGGUCUAUCUGAGAUUUACAGACAACAUUCUACAGGACAUCAUGCGCUCUUCAAAUCCUAAACUUGAACCUGCGAAGAAAAUUAUUGAGAGAAUUGAGACUCGUGAUCUUUACAAGUUUGUUGGAGGAGAUAAAUUUGACCCUGAAAUCAUUGAAAGUUUUAAUACUGAUGAAGAGUGGAAGAAAAUUGUGAAGAAUUGGCUUCAAGAUCUCAGUUGGCCAGAAGAUCUUCAGAAAGUUGACAUUAAAGACAUCAGAGUGAAAAGGGCCAAAUUAAAUUAUGGAAUGGACAAGGAUCCCAUUGAGAAACUCCUAUUCUACAGAAAAAACAACAAAGACAAAGCAGUAAAACUGGAAAAAAAGGAGAUCUCACACCUUCUGCCAGAAAGAUUCGCUGAAAUGAAGGUCAUGAUGUUCUACACCGGACCAAAUCAAGAAAUCCUUACCACACUGAAGGACAAUUUAGACAAAUUCUGGAUGAGAGUAAACCUCUGCCGCAUUGGAGCUGCACGCACGUUACUGCACGAGCUGAGAGCUGAACCGGGGGUCGCGGUUACCAUGCGCGCAACCGUGCACGCGCACCGGACCUGUUCACGAUUACCGGCGAUAAUCGGACACGCGUCUCUGUAA